AUGGCAUGCGACCGCCCAAGCACCGGCCGCUCCCCCGGCGUCUCCCUCGCACACCCAAGCGCGACGGCCACUAGCGCUGUCCCUUCUGUGUCUCCCGCUCUCCGUGCGCUGUGCGCCGGUGCCGUCGCUGGCGUCGUCGCCGACUCGCUGCUGCAUCCUCUGGAAGUUAUUAACUUGCGCAUGAAGCUCCAAGCGCGGCCGAAUAUCAAGUAUGACAGUCUCUUCCGCUCCAUGCAGACGAUCCUCAAAGAAGAAGGCGUGCGUGGCUAUUUUGGAGGCAUCGGCACGACGUUCUUGACGUCGCCCGUCUGUGCAGCUCUCUAUUUCAGUACGUACGAGACUCUCAAGGCCACAGCCGCUCCAUUAAUGUCGGAAGAGCAUCGGGGCGUCAUCUAUUUCCUCGCGGGAGCAGCAAGUGAAGUGCUGAUAUCAGCUAUCAGCGUCCCGUCUGAAGUGAUCAAGUCCCGCUUGCGGCUGGGGCGUAACCCCUGCAAGGCCAGUGGAGGCGCGGUCAAGUAUACGCGCAAUUACCGGGGCACGGGUCAUGCAGUUCAGUCCAUUGUACAGUCCGAAGGACUGCGGGGACUCUAUGCUGGGUACUCGGCGUGUCUCGGUGUCGACACGUUCUUUUCGGCGUUUUCGUUCUUGUUCUACGAGACGCUGAAGCACCGGUACGAAGAGUACUUGGCUGCAACGAAUAGAGGCCGACCGCUGAACUCGGCCGAGUCCCUCGUUGCUGGGUCGAUCGCUGGUGGCAUGGCUGCGUUCUUGACGAACCCGUUGGAUGUUAUUACAGUGAGAUUGAUGACGCAGGGCAAGACGAAACAGUAUGCUGGCGUGCGCGACUGUUUCAUCAAGUCGAUGAGCAAGGAAGGGCCGAGGGUUUUGUGGCGAGGCACGGCGUGUCGAGUGGUCUCCAUCAUGCCUACUACGGGUAUCUGCUUUGGCGUGUACGAGACGAUCAAGCACGCGGUCUAUAACGGGGACGUAGACGACUUUGACCUGGAGUGA